AUCGGGACAUUUUUUGGAUCAAACGAAAUUUUAUGCCUACACACACUGUGGUCACACUGAUUUCGUCGUGGUAACAAUAUUCUUAAUUUUUGUUUACAUCCCGAGUGAGCUGUUUUCAUAUUAUAGUAUGGUAAGCAAUAUUAUUACUGUUCAUGAUAAAAUCCAUUGAAUAAAAUACAAUAAAAUGAUUAAAAUAUUUAGUUCAGUGAUUAAAUCCAAUUUAAUUUUUCUUUAUUAGUACUUGGUGCCAUACAUUUGUAUUUAUUUAUUCAUAUUGAUACACUCGAAGCGUCUUGAAUCCAUAGAUAAUAAAAUAUACUUACGCUCGAACCACGAACACAUACCAAGAUCCCCAUAAAACAGAUCGGUUAUCACUUUCAAUAUUGUUUACAGUUUAUACGAUUCACAGUUUUUUGAAUUAAUUUUAAGACGUGUUAAAUAGAAUUUAUAAAAUUUCCAAAAAUGAAUAAACGAAAGUUAGAAGAAGAGAUUUUUCAACAGAACAAGUUUGAAAAGUUAAACAAUAUUGCAGACUCAGAAGAGGACGAUGACGAUGACGAUAGCGUCGAUGAAAACAAUUAUGCCCUACAAGACCACGAUAUUGAAGGUACCUAAUUACUAUUCGAUAUAAUGUACUUGAAUAAUAACAUGUUGUUUGUCACCAAUGGGUUAGAAAAUAAAAAAUUCAAUUGUGUUAUCUAUUUAUUAUAGUUAAAUACCAUUAAUAACUGUAUUUUAAUAUGACAUAGGUCAAGAAGAAGGAGUAGUUGGUCAAGAUGGUGAGAUACGAAUUACACCAUUUAAUAUGAAAGAUGAGUUGGAAGACGGUCAUUUUGAUAAAGAUGGAAUGUAUCACUGGAAAAAAGAUCAGGAUGUUAAGGACAAUUGGUUAGAGAAUAUCGAUUGGUGUAAAGUAAAUAAAAACUGCACAUAUAAAUAAACAUACAGGGUGAUCAACAUAACGUAGGACACUUAUUCUCUGAAAGUAUUAAAUUUGUUUAAAAUUGUAAGAAACCAGCCUCUCUAAAAUUUUGUUUUGCCAUUAUUUUUAGCCAUUCUAAUUUUCGGUUGAAACUACCACUUAUUUUUGAUUAUAAAAUAGCAACCUGUAUUCAAAUAUUUAUAAAUAUAUUAUAUAUGGAGUACUUAUUAGUUUAAAUACAUUUUAGUGUUAUUAUGUUUAAUUUCCGUCAAUUCAUUGACGAGAUAUUCGACUAUUAAGUUUUAGUAGAGAGGAAUAGUAGAAAACUAUUCAAACACUGCGACCCUAUUGUCACACAAAUGAUGCUUCACUACUCUUUCCCUAACUUAAAAGUGGAAUAUCUCUAAAAUUAAUUUAUGGAAAUUAAAAAUGUCAAUACCAAAAUUCAUUUAAAUAGUUUAAAUAAUUUAUAGAAUUUUUAAUAUAAGUUGCCAUUUGAAAAUAAAAUGUUAGUCGUUUCAUCUGUAAAAAUAAGAGUAACAAAUAAUGUUAAUGUAACAUUUUAGACUUUUACUGACAAUUUCUAAAAAACAAAUAAAUACUCUGAAAUAAUGAGUGCUUUCUGUAAUAUUUAUCACUCUGUAUAUAUAUUUUUUUUUAAAUAUAGCCAAUAUUGUUUAUUGGGUAAUAGUUUAAUUUUUUAUUAUAAAUAUAGAUUAAAGAUAUGUCAAAAGAGAAGAAAACAACUGAUGAAAGUAUAGAUGAUAACAUAGAGUUUGAUGUAAAUGCUGCCUAUAAAGAAAUAAUUAGUAUGAUGGAACCCAAUGAAUCUAUUUCAAAAACAUUAAGACGUUUAGGUGGAAACAAACGACUAACGACUGCUGAAAGAUGGAAAAUGAAAAAAGCAGGAUUAAGUACUGAUGGUGGAUCAUCUUCAAAAGUAAUUAGGCUUACAGAACUUGCAAAUCAAAUUUUAACAGCUAAUGGAAACAUGGAUGUUUAUCAAGAAACUUAUGAACAGAUUUCUCAGAUUGUAAGUUGGUUUUUAUCGUUUAUAUUAAUUUAUCAUUAUUAUAAUAAUUGAUGAUAAUUUUGGUCAUAUGCUGUCUAUUUAUAGGUGAAAUUUAACAUGUACAUUAGAUUAAGCAAAAAUUGAUCUUUACAAACAAAAAAUAAAAAAUUCUUAUAGCAACUCCAAUUAAUGUAUUCAAAAUAUUUACAGAUUAAGUAUUUAAUAAUAAGUCCUAUAAAAAUGAAUUAUGGAUUAAUGUAUACUAGAUGAAGUAACCAUUUUUGGGGAAAUUACAAUGCAUAUAAACAUUUGGUAAAUGUACUUUUUGUGAACAAUAAAAAAAAUUGCAAAACUAGAAAAGUUUGCACCAAUUGUGCAAAGCUCAUCUACUUAGACCAUAUUUUUUAUUGGAGAUUUAUUCCGGUUGCUUUGAAGCUUUUUAUGAGCAGAAAAAUAAUAACUGUUUAUUUUAAUAGUAUUAUUUUUAUUUUUUGUCACAUAUACAUAAAAUUGAUUAUAAAAUUAAAGUAAAAUACAUUAAUUAAUUAGAUUUAAUAAUAUAUGAAAGAAAAUGGUUUUUAUAUGAACAAAAAAUAAUUAAAAUAAAUAAUUGUAUGUAUAAAAAGAAAAUAAAUAAAUGACUUAAUACUCUAAGCGAUGCAUUCAUUUAUUUAUUUUUAUUUUUAUAUAUACAUUUUUUAUUUGUAUAUUUAUUUACUUUAUUUAUUAAAAAUAUUAACCAUUUUAAUAAUUUUAUUUUUACUUUAUUAUUUUAUUAGAAAAUAAUUACCACGCACACUUUGCUAAAGAUUAAUAUUUAUAAUUGAUGUGGUUUUAUUUUUCAUAUUUAACUAUAAAUAGUACAAACAAUAUAUGUUUGUGUAUUGAUAGUCACAUAAUAUAUUAGAUUCUGAAAUGUAUUGGUUUUACUUAGAUUUGUGCUAUUUAUUUGUUUUUUUUUUGUAUCGGUAAACCACUUUUUUACUAAAAAUCCUUUUAAAAUCAAAAAAUGACCAGACAUUUUUUUUUUUGUAUUUUGAAUCUAGUUGGUGGUGUUUUAGGCCUAUUUUUUGAUUUACAAGAGGUUUUCUUAAUAAUUUGAAAAAAAUUCCAAAAAAUAAUAAAUAGUGUACAAUUCAAUUUAUUUAAACUUUUAUGAAUUAUUUUUUUUUCUAGAAAUCUUGAUUUAAUCUAAAAAUUCCAAGAGACUUUUUUAAUUGAGAAAACCUAAAAAGAAGAUGUAAUUUUAUAAUAGCCUUUUCUAAAUGUGACAAUAUUUUCAAAACAUUCAGGGGAUUUUUGAGCUAUUCAUAGGUAUUAAAUAUCUUCAAGUUUUUUUAGUUUUUAUUUCGUAGGUAGAUAUCACUUGGAUAUACUUCUUGACAAAACAAAACUGCUUGAAAAUUUGAUCUGAGUAUCAUUUUGUACUUAGUGGUAAAAAAAAAAAUGUUGAUCUUAAUUUAUUAGAUUUUUUUUUUAUAAAUGUUUUAGAUCAAAUUUUGAUAUACAUCAGAAAAAUUAAGAUUUUUAAAACAUGUAUAAUCAAUUUUCAUUUAAAAUCGUUUUUCGUUAGCAAUGAUUUAUUAGUACUUACAGAUAGAAAUAAAAUUAUUUUAUGUAUUCCACCUUCCCAACUUUACAUCAAUAACAUUGAUAGGUCUAUCUUCAAUGUCAGUUUUAUUUAAUUAUUUCUUUUGUAGAUUUCAAAAUCUGUUAAAAAAGGACAACCUUCAACUUCUAUGGCAUCAGAUUUAGAUAUGUAUGCUGAUGAUUUUGAUUUAAAAGAAAAGGAAAAAUUAGAAAAUACUAGUCAAAGUAGUCAAGAAGAAUCAGAAGAUGUCGCAACGGGUAUAUUUUUUAUAAUCGAAUAAUUUCAAUUAAAUGUUUUAAAAUUUGUAAAUGUCUUUAGGUGAAUCAUUGCAGUGGGAAUAUAAGUUUUCAUUAGAAGGUAAUGAAAUUUUUGGUCCUUAUAAUACUGAGCAAAUGCAAAAAUGGAAAGUAGAUGAUAAAUUUAAGGAACCCAUUUGGGUACGGAAAUGUAAUUCAAACAGUGAUUUCCAUUCAUUUAAACGUGUUGAUUUUGAAUUAUAUUUAUAAAUUUAAUUAAAUAUAAAACUAUAUUAUUCACCUAGUAUCUAUUUAUGUACCUAAUAUGUUAAUAUAUAUUUAUUAUGUUAAAUAUUGAAUUUAUAAUAUUGGGUAUGACUUUUAAUUACAUUAAAUGUUGAAGACAUUUUAAAAUCUUUGAAUAUUGUUUCCAGUUUCUAAUUUAAUGAUUAUAUAAUUGCAAAUGAUAAACAUUAUAUGUAUUAUGUAAACAGGUUAUUAUAUAAUAAAUACAUAAGCC